UAGUGUCUUGAGCCCUAGUGACAGCGAGGAGAUUUCAGUGAAGGGAGAGGGGAAAAAAAAGACUCUCCCCCUGCUCCCCAGCACAGUGAACGUAGGCGGUGGAGAAUCGCUCCCCUCCCCUCCCAGUUCUCGUGUGUAUAUGUAUGUGUGUGUAUAAGAGUGCGCGCGUGUGUGCGUGUGUGUAUGUAUGUGUGCGUGCGCGUGUCUCCCUCUCUCUCAUACUCUGGCUGUAGGCAGACAGCCAAGCAGGCUGCUCUCCCUCUCUCCAGCCUUUGCUGCUCCGGCUUCCUGCCGCCUCUGCAGUCACAGCCCGAGGAUGUGACUAGUUCCCCUGUCUUGUCCCGCAGGACCCGCCCGGACGGGACGCCGCCGCUGUCGCUUCCCGGAUCAGCUCUCCUCGUCCCGCUUGAAGCGAGGAGCCGCUCCGUCGUCUUCGUCUAGGAAUGGGGUUGCCCAGGAGGCAAACCAAGCCCAACUGGGAGGCGUAGAAACUGGACCGCCGUCUGAGCCCCGCGCCCGGUCAGCCGGGACCUUAGCCUUCCAGUCUUCUCCGGAGCCUCGAUGGCGCUGUAACCCCCGAGUUCCUGAGCGUACUAGCCAGCCUCCGUGGGUUCCUCCACAAAGAGCCACCCGCGCAGCCCCGGCAGGGCUCCCCUUUGCCCGCCUCUGCACUGAGCGCCCGGGCUGGUCUGCCUAGCCGCUAGCCUGCUAGCCCAGCCGCCUGCCAUGGCGCUGCGGCGCUUCCUGCCGCUGCUGCUGCCGCUGCUGCUCUCCCUGGAGUCCCUGCACUUGCUGGUGCCUACGGCUGAGGCGGGGCCCCGGGGCCGCGGGAACCGGAAUAACGGCACUGGCCCUGGAGCCGUCGGGGGCCUGCGGGCUGGAGGGACGAUGGUCAGGGGCAACCGUGAACUAAAUGGGACGUCCCGCCAGCCGGCGGCCCCAGAGGGGGGGCGGCGGGGCCGGCCUUCGCCCAGCGUCGCGGUCACCCACGAGACGUGUUGGGGCUACUACGAUGUGAGCGGUCAGUAUGACAAGGAGUUUGAGUGCAACAACAGCGAAAGCGGCUUCCUGUACUGCUGUGGUACUUGCUUCUACCGCUUCUGCUGCAACAAGCGGGGAGAAAAACUGGAUCAGCACCAGUGUAAGAACUAUGAAAGCCCCCAGUGGAUCCAGACUCCCAGCACCCAGGUGAUUCCUGUAGAUCUCCAGGACAAGUACGAUCCGGAGAAGGACAAGACCAACUUCACUGUCUACAUCACCUGCGGAGUAAUCGCCUUCGUCAUCAUCGCUGUAGUCUUUGCCAAAGUCUCCUACGAUAAGGCCCAUCGCCCCCCGAGGGAGAUGAACAUCCACAGAGCUCUUGCUGACAUCUUAAGGCAACAGGGACCAAUCCCAAUAGCACACUGUGAAAGAGAGACUAUCUCAGCUACUGAUACCUCUCCCAAAGAGAACACACCAGUAAGAUCCUCCUCAAAAAACCACUAUACCCCAGUGCGUACAGCCAAACCUACAACAGGGCUCUAUGGGAAGGAUGUUCACCGAAGUGGAGGCCCUGAUCUCCAUAACUUCAUCUCAUCUGGAUUUGUCACCUUAGGAAGAGGACACACGAAGGAAAAACCACGGAUGAACAACAUCCUGACAUCAGCCACAGAGCCCUAUGACCUUUCUUUCUCUCGAUCCUUCCAGAACUUGGCUCACCUCCCCCCAUCCUAUGAAUCUGCAGUUAAGACCAACCCCAACAAAUACUCAUCUCUGAAGAGGCUAACUGACAAGGAAGCUGAUGAGUACUACAUGAGGAGGCGUCACCUCCCUGAUCUGGCUGCCCGGGGCACACUCCCUCUCAAUGUCAUCCAGAUGUCACAGCAGAAGCCCCCCCCACGAGAGCGGCCUCGCCGGCCAAUACGAGCCAUGUCCCAAGACAGAGUCCUGUCUCCUGAAAGGGUGAUGCCAGAGGAGUUCAGCAUGUCCUAUGACAGGAUCCUGUCUGAUGAGCAGCUGCUGUCAGCUGAACGCCUACAUUCCCAGGACCCACUUCUGUCCCCAGAGAGGACGGCCUUCCCAGAGCAGGCCCUGUCUCGUGCCAUGUCAAACAUGGAUGUCUUUGUGUCUACGCCUGUGCUGGACCGCUACCACAUGACCAAGAUGCACUCCCAUCCUAGUGCCUCCAAUAACUCCUACAACACCCUAGGCCAGAGUCAGACCGCAGCCAAGCGCCAGGCCUUUGCAACUCGGAGACACAACACGGUGGAACAGCUGCAUUACAUCCCUGGACAACACACCCACUACCAUACAGCCAGCAAGACUGAAGUGACUGUGUGACCGGGGUCAGAGCCAGGGAAAGGCUGGGUGGAGGUAGCUAGGAGAGAAACCUAAUUGUCUUCCCUAAAAGGGCCUUGGGGACUGGGCAGGAUAGAGAAUCUUCUGGCCCUUGUAAUUCCACCCUCUCCUACCUUAUCCACAAGUGGAUAAUUAUAGAAAACGUUCAAGGGAGGGAUGGGGGCCAGAUGGGCUGCUUCUGCAACAGAAAGCCAUACCCCCUCCUAGAAGUACAGCCCAUGCCUCCUGGCAUUGACUCACUCUGUCUUAUACAUCUAAACGUAUUUCUCUCACUUUUUCAAGUGGAAUCAAGAAUUUGUGAGGAAAGGAGAUAGUUCUGAGCCUCCCCAGCAGCACCUCCUUGUUCCUACACACUUUCUCAACAGGGGCUCAGCUACUAGAGACCCUCUCCUCACUAAUACCCUCCCCUCCCAGGCUGGGCUGACCAGGAUAUGUGGUCAGUUGGCUGGUCAGGUUGGCAAUGUGGUCUCAUUCAUUUAACUAGAACUACAUCAUGGAAAUCUUCUAGUGCCUAAAAACUGCCUGCUCACCUGAGCAGUGGAGCUGCUGUGUCCAUAAGCACAAAGAUAACUUCCCUGCCCUUCAUCAGAGUGCUCCCAGACCUUCCUCUCACAUAAGCCUGAGAGCAGACAGGUUUCCAUUAUUUCUUAUGCUCCUUAACUGAAGCUCGAAGUUAGGGAAGCUUACCUAGCCACGCCUCCCUUAUUCCAACACACUCUGCACCCCUGGGUAUCCCUUUCCUUCUGGCCUGUUCUCUGUGGUCUUCUAACUCAGGAGCUCAAGAGCUUUCCUGAAGUGGUGAUGAAGUGAAUUCUCAUAAAGAAGGAGACCUUUGUUUGCCUUGACAUAUAAGGAAUUCAUGCCAGAGAACCAGAUAGCCUCAGCAUCUUCUCCAGGAGCCCUAAGAUCAGAGCCCAUGGCCAGGUUAUAGCUCUUUAUACAGGCCUAUUUCCUCUCCCCAGAACCCAGCCUGACCUCCUAUCCAUGCCUGUCAGGCUCUGGGGGGACCCACUGUGACGGCCAUGAUCUGUAGGGGGAGUUACCAUUCCCAUCAUUCAAGGCCCCCUUUCCUUAACCCCAUUCAUGUCAUACUGGACUGUUUGAAACUCAGUCUGUGUUUUAGCCCUCCAAGAGGGCAACUCAGGCCCCAAGAAGAAAAUUAUCUUUAGACAACAACACUGCCCCUCCCAUAAAGCAACCUGCCCUUCCACCUUACCCUUGUAAGCCCCGUUCUUCUCUUCUGGCCAGAGACCAGUCCCCCAAUAUCCUCCACCGUUUUGUCCUUCGCAGGAUUUCUUUUCCCUGCCUGCCUUCCCUUCUCUGUUCUGUCAGCUCCAAACCUAGUCAACUCAGUUCACAUACUGACAGCUUUUAGAACUUAUCUCUGGUCUGUAUUAAUGAGGGACAGAAGGAUUUUUUUUUAAUCUAACAAUGGGAUUUUACUUUUAUUUUAUGUUUUAUUCCAGGCCCUUUUCCCAACCCUAGUACUGUGCAACCCUUUCCUACUUCUUAGUUCAGAGAGAUAAGAAGGAGGUACUAUGGGGUGGAGGGAGGGGGGAAAGAGAGACCAAUAGCCCAAUAGGUUUUCCAGCUACAUAAACUGAUCACAGAGCAGGCACUUAUGUUCAGGUCCUUAGAUUUUAGCCCUGAGUUGCUGCUGGACCAUCGGCUGCUGUACUCUGACCCAAACAGAGAAAAUAAAUGGAGCUCACGUGUGCACUGCUGUGUAGUCUCAUCCUCUGGAGAGCACAGGCAAAUUAACUAGCCUGGGUUUGACUCCUAAGAUGAGGGCGUGCCAGGCUAUUUUCACUUUAGUAGGGAAGGGCAUCUCCCUCCUACGUAGGACUAUGGUGCCACUGCAGCUACAUUAGCUUCCUAUCCAGGGUAUUAAGAAGGGAGCAUCCUGAAUGAAAACUCUCAAUUAGUGGCCCUAAUUGUUCCCACUGCUCCAGUCACUCUAACAUUUCUGCCAGCCUGUUGGAGUACAGAGUAAGAACAUAAUGUUAUAGAGGCAACCAUCGUAUUAUGUUCAUCAAAAAAAUUAAGCUCUAAAUGAAAUGACCUUUAAAUAGGGUGUCUUUUUCUCAUCAUGGAGGGAAAGUAUCUCCCACAUUGAUGUGGUGCCUUCAAAGGCCAGAGAAUUCUCCCUUUUAAUUUUUCAUUCAAACUAGUUCAGAGAUGACACUGAAAUCAAUCAGUUUAUUCAACUGAUUUGAAGAAUUCCAAAGCGCUAAUUUUUGUCUGAACUUUGGGGAAACUACCAUCAGCAGCAGUCUGGUAUAGUGGGAAAAAAAAUUGGUUCUGGCUCCAAAUCUUGCAUCUUUCACUUACUACCCAUGUGACCUCAGACAAAGUCAUUUGGAUCACAGACCAUAGACUUAGAGCAAGGGAUCUUUAAGGCCAUUGAGUCCAAUUUCCUCAUUUUUACAGAUAAAGGAAGCUAAACACUAAGUGACUUGCCCAAGGUCACACAAAUACUAGGUGGCAGAACUGGGGUUUGAACUCCUAUCCUCUAAUGACUCCAACUCCACUGCACCAAUAGAGCCACACUGCCUGUUCUGGGCCUCAGUUUCCUCUUCUGUCAAAUGGGGGUUUUUACUAUGUGACCUCUAAGGUCCCUUCCAGCUCUAAAUCUAUGAUCCUAGGAUCGCCCCCACACACACACACACACACACCCCUUCCUGAUUUACUGCUCAGGCCAGUCUCAUGCCUGUGUGAAGAGACUCCUCAAAUAAUUGGUAUGGGGCACUUGCCCCUUAACUUCCCUACAUGGGGAGUGACAUGGCUUCAAAGAACUAAGACAAGGACAGAUUUUCUUUCUGGCCUUUUCUCCACCAAGCACAUAAACCUUCUGAGGGCUGGUCCCCACAGGUUUAUCUGAGUUUGUUCUCUAAGCCACAAGUGGGAGAAUUGGGCCCAGUGAAACCAAAUAUACCUAUUAAAGGAUCAUGAAAUAUUCAGUGGGCUGCACUAGAAGUGAGGACACUGCUGUCAGAAGCUAAUUACAGUCCUAUAGCACAAUACCAGCAAAUCAAGCCAACUUUACCCACUUAUUGGGGAAAAGAGAAAGGCAGGGCUUCUUCCCCGCCAAGUGCUCUCCUCUGUCUUCUGUACAUGCACUUCCACAACCAUUCAUAGCCAACUAAUGCACCAAUUUGCUUUUCUCAUUCCCUCAAGUGAAUCAGUCAGUAGAACAUCCUCUUAGUAAAUUUCCAUAAUCCUUUGCAGGGCAUUCUCUCUUGGGGAUGUUUGAAAAUAUAUUUUCCAGCUGGUUUUGGUCUCUAUUCCUAAGUUGUUCUGAUAGAGAUUCAAUUUGAUGCAAUUUAAUUUAACAAAUAUUUAUUAAACAAUUACUAGGUGCAAGGCAUUAUGUCAGGUACUGACAGGGACAUGAGCCUGCAGUUGAAGCCUCUUCUUUUUUAUUCUUUUCCCAUCAUUGUCUCUUUCUGUCCUCCUAGACCUUAAAAUAACAAGGGAUGCCUGUUAAAAGUGAGUUCUCUUGAAUUUUGCUAUGGUUCCUGGUCCUACAGACUUACAGCUCCCAAAAGUUUUAUCAAGAAGUCCUUAACCAUAUGAAUAUUUCCAGUGAUAGACCUUUGUGUUCACUAGCCAAUUAGAGGAUGAAACUAGCUUCCAAAGCACCAGCUUUCAAUCUCCUCUUAGUCAUACCUAAAUAUCUUUUUCUUCUACUUAUCCUAAUUCUAUUCCUCCCUUUCCCCUAUUUUCCAGCUUUGCUCCCUCCUCUCCUCUACCCACUCCAAAAACUUGUAUUUCAAUCUACUUUCCUCUGUUGUCUACUGCUGUCAUUUCCCCUCUGGGACUGGCCCCUUCUCCCUAGUUCUCCUCUUGCCUCUAUAAACCAGAGAUCUAGAUGAAAAUAAUGGAAUUGGAAUCUAGAAAAGAAUUUCAUUUGCUUUAUCUUAGAUCAUUAGUUUCCAUUCAUUUCAUAUUCCUCUUACACCACAUCCCAUGGACAUUCCUUGUCACAUGGAGCCCAGAACCUCUGUCUGGCUACAUUUUAAAGAAGGGGAGAGAAUGCUAAAACCCAGGCGUCAUUGGUGUCAGCACAGCCCUGUCUCCAAUACUGCUUUUGAUGGAUGCUGUCCCUGAGGCUCCAGGUUCUUUCCUGCCAUACCCAGCUCUGGCCACAUCUCUUAGCUCCUCAGGGAUCUCUCAAUCACACUUGCUGUCUCCCUCUUUUGCCCUUAUUAAUAACAAUAUAAUAACAGCUUAUGUUUAAGUAGUACUUAAUAGGUAACAAAAGCAAUUUACAUGAAUUAUUUCACUUGAUCUCUUCUGUUUGCAGGUGGUAUUUACCCUUUAUCUCCAAAUACUGAAAGUUUAAUUUAUUUCCCAGGAAUGGGAGGAAAGGAGCUAUUUCCCUAUUCUAUUUCCCAAGUCAACUUUACAAUUUUUCAUGUCAAGCACAAGUGAGAACUUGAACCCAAGAAAUUACCUAAGAGUUUGCCUUUGACAUACACAUGACUACAUUAAUAAAUCAUUUAUUUAUCUUCUACAAACCUGAAAACUUGUCCCGAAAGUAUUUCAAGGGAGCUCAUGUUUUAGUAGAUAUUUUUUCAAUGUUCAAAUGCUACCUUUAUAAGCAGACCAUUGUCUUGCUGGAAAAUCAGUAGGUAAGAGAAGUCUUUCUGGGCUCUCAUUGGAUUUUUAUCUACAUCUUGACCCUGCUUUGCCCUUGCAACUCUUCUGACUCUCAUCUGGUGUUCAGAUUUCUCCCUUCUGAGCUGUACAUGCCUCAUUAUGUCUGACCCACAGUGAAAUUCUCAGCCACCAAGGGCAUACCUGGUGUAGGGUUGGCUCAAUAUUCUUGGCCCACUCAGCCAAGAUCUUGAAGCUGCAUGUUUAACUAUCUAACCAUCCAAUAGACUUGAUUCAAUAGGUUGAUUUUCAUAGAAACUUGCUAUAUCAGAAACACCCAAACUAUUCAGGGCUUCUGUCCCUGAGGAAUUUCUGUUUCCUUUUUCAAUGUGGCCCAGGCUAUUGGAAGAAGGCAAUCUUACCUGAGAGACAGCUGGCAGUAGGAGGGAAUAUUGAGAGGAAUGGGGGAGGUGAUUUUGUCCAUGAGGUCAGAAACCUUGUGCUUAAGGGUAGCUCUAAGGCCUUUCCGAGUCCCUUGAUGAGCAGCUUCCCCAAAAGAACAAGUUUUUGUGUUGCAAAAGGUUUUGUUUUUAUAAACAGCAAUGAGAUCCAUCUCCUUGAAAACAGCUCUGAACACUAAGAUUCUGACCUAGUUGGAGAAAGAGAAGAAGGAGUCACAGCUGAGCCUCUGUCUAUUAUAUGGAGUUGUUGGCACCCUUGUACCUUUCUGAUCCCUCCUGGUGACACUGCAGAAAAUGAUUAUGAGAUGAGACAAGAAGACAGGAUCAAAGUCAAGAUAACCUAGACCAUCAUGUAAAUCUUCACAUGUACCAUCAUUCCUCUACUAGUGACAAAAAUAACAUUGUUUGUCUCCUUAAUGUCAACAUUUAUAAGGAGAAAAUGUCACUUCUCAAUUGUGUCAUUCCUCCCCUCUUCAAACCCAUUUUCUCUCGCAAAGGGAUGCCCCAUGGGGAUGUCCCAUUCAUGUCCUUUGUUAAUGGUGGAUACUCCCUUAGUUCUAUAACUAAACUAGACAUUUUGUAGUAAGAAAUUCUCUAAUAAAAGCAAUUCUUACUUUAACAUUUUAAUUCGGGUAUACUAUUUCCUAAAAGGGAUUAAUGAACAUUUUUAUGCAUUAGCCCAAUUUAUGGAUUUCAUGUUAAUUAUAUGGUGGUACCAAUGAAAAAUUACCUUGAUAUCUGUAACUUUGCACAGAUUCUUGAUUAAUCAUUAAGCUUCAAGAUGAGCAGUACACUACUGUUUCCUCUGUAUAAUUCUCAUUGUUCUACUUACCUGUAAAAGCACAUUCUGUAUGUACUGUAAACAAAUAUGAGUUUAGUAAGAUUUAGAGUCUUAAGGAUUUUUCCACUUUUGUCAGUAACAAAUAUUUAUGAAUUUAAAAAUAAAGCAGU